AUGAUGGAAAGCUCUUCAUCGUCGUCCGUAAGUGGGAUCAAGACGCGCCGGAGCUUGAGCUGCUUCGAGGCCAUGUCAUCUAACAAAGAUGUCAAACUGGCCCUGAUGUUCCUUGAGUUCGCCAGCGGUGUCUGUCGAAGAAAUUCGGGUCUGCCAUCGUGGUGGAAUCGUGAGGUCACCAGUUCCAUGAUCACCCAGUCCAUGUUAUUCGCACUCUGGUAUGACAGCUUACUCGGCCAGGUUAUCUCAUUGAUCGCGCUCGAAACGCAUCUGUUCCUCGAGCUCUUCCACCUGGAUGUCGAUGCCAUGAUCCAGCAGGUUGACAUCACUGUCAACAUUAUCGCCGUCAGUGUCGGUGUGGCUGCUGUUGUAAGCAGUGUGGUUGCCGGAUAUAUCGCUGUCGCUGUCAUCGUCAUUGCCACUACGAGAAUCCAGCUGCGUCCAAUCACAGCCCGCUUGAACCACGUCUGA